CGCCGGAGCAGCUCACGUCGUCGCCGGGACACGACGGGAUGCUGCGUCCGGGGACCGGUGGUUAUGAUGAUGAUGAAGACCAUGGUUCAGUAAGUCGCUGGGAUGGAUGAGGAAGGUCUGCGGACAGAGUCCGGAGGAAGAACAGGGAGCUGCUGUGCGUCCUGGCUCCGCGAUGCCGCCGGACAGAGGACACAGGAGGACAGAGGACACCGGAGGACAGAGGACACAGGAGGACAAGUGACACACAGGAAUCUGCAGCAGAACCAGAACCAGCCUCGGAGUAACGCGCAGAGGCGGUAGAGGACAUGGAGAGACACCGGGCCAGGGAGGAGGCACCCCCCGCUGCGAGGGAGGAGAAGCGCCGGGAGAAGAAGCCCAAGUCCGGGAAGCUUUUCAGAAAGAAGCCGUUGAAGUCGGUGGGAAGUUUCAUGAACAGGAUCCUGAGAACUUUGGGCACUUUGGCCCACUUUGGAGACGCGGACGCGCAGGACGCGGAGGAGGACGACGGGGGGUUCGGGCACGGAGCACCGUGCACCCUGAGUGCCAUGCCCCGGGAGGAGGGACAGGGGAGACACGGGGACCCCCGGGGGGCGAAGACCACCUCCAGCACCUCCUCGUCCCUGUGCACCGGCAGGGAGAAGCUGCUCUGCCGGUUCGGAGACCGGGUCCCGGGCGUCUUGGGGCUGAAGAACCACGGGAACACCUGCUUCCUGAACGCAGCAGUCCAGUGCCUGAGCAACACCGACCUGCUGGCGGAGUACCUGGGCCUGGACCGGUACAAGCUGGACCUGGACCUGGGCCGGGUCAACGGCCUGGUGAGGGGAGAGGUCACCGAGCAGCUGGCCUCACUGGUCCGGGCCCUGUGGACUCUGGAGUACACACCACAGCUGUCCGUGGACUUCAAGACGAUAGUGUCCAAGUAUGGAUCUCAGUUUCGUGGGAACUCCCAACACGAUGCCCUGGAGUUCCUCCUGUGGCUGCUGGACCGCGUCCACGAAGACGUCAACCUGGCCUCCCACAACAACAACAACAAGACCAAAGCUCCCGGACAGGGCCCCGGGGGAGCUGAGGAGGCGCCGUCUUCAGACCCGUCCCCGUCCCAGUCCCAGUCCCAGCAGCCACGUGUCCAGCACAGCUUCGUCCAGGAACACUUCCAGGCCCAGUACAAAUCCUCGCUGACGUGCCCCCACUGUCUGAAACAGAGCAACACCUUCGACCCUUUCCUCUGCAUCUCACUCCCGCUUCCUCUGCGCCAGACCAGGCCGCUGUGUGUGACGCUGGUGUUCAGCACCAAAGGGCAGCGGUACCUCCGCACCGGGCUGGCUGUGCCGCUGUUCGGCUCGGUGGCCUCUCUGAGGAGGGUGGUGGCCGACGAGGGGAAGAUCUCUCCGGACCAGGUGAUCCUGACGGAGGUUUACUCCACGGGAUUCCAACGCUCCUUCUUCGACGAGGACGAUCUAACAAGCAUCGCAGAGAAUGAUGUCAUCUACGCCUUCCAGGCUCCGCCCCUCUACAUCAGAGGAGGCUCGGCUCGGAUCUCAGGGUACCACCACAGCCUGCCAUCGUCUCCGUACUCCACCGGUCCCGAGGGUCAGAGGUUACCGGCGUCUGGGGCCUUGUCCUCAGAGUUCCUGAACCAGGGCGUCCCGCUCAAGAUCCUGCUGCUGGUGUGCAACGCUGCCGGGGGGGGGCAACAGACUGUCAGGUUUGGUCCUCCGUUUCUGAUGAGGGAGGACCGGGCGAUUUCCUGGGACCAGCUGCAGCAGAGCAUCCUCAGCAAACUUUACUACCUGAUGAUCAACGGAGCUCAGGCGCAGAAUACCAGAGUCCUCUUCAACAUCCGCGUGGUGGGAGGUUCAGCGUUUUACAGCUACCUGUCACCUCAGGACGGGCGACCGCUCUACCACCCCGCCGUGGACAGGGCUCUGAAGCUCUGCAGCUCUGGAGGACCUCCACACGUGAAGCUCAUCAUCGAGUGGGAGCACAGGAUCAAGGACUGCCUGUUUGGAAACAUCCAGGAGGAGGUGGUGAGAGAUGCAGAGAGUGUGAGGAAUCAGCAGCAGCAGCAUGUGCAGCAGUACAGCUGCACCCUGGACGAGUGCUUCCAGCUCUACACCAAAGAGGAGCAGCUCGCCCCAGACGACGCCUGGAAGUGCCCUCACUGCAAGCAGCUGCAGCAGGGCAUGGUGAAGAUGAGCCUGUGGACGCUUCCCGACAUUCUCAUCCUGCACCUGAAGCGUUUCCGGCAGGUGGGAGAUCGCAGGAACAAGCUCACCACGUUCGUGCACUUCCCUCUGACGGGCCUGGACAUGAAGCCCCACAUGGUGAGCCGCACCCACGGCGCCCAUCCGCCCCCCCCGCAGCCCGGGUGGAAGCAGUCCCGACGGCACGACCUGGCUCCCCCAGACUACCUGUACGACCUGUAUGCUGUGUGUAAUCACCACGGAGGGAUGCACGGCGGACAUUACACAGCUUCCUGUAGGAACUCUGUGGACGGCCAGUGGUACAGCUACGAUGACAGCAGUGCCGAGCCCGUUCCAGAGGCAGAGGUGGUCACACGUGGAGCCUACAUCCUCUUCUACCAGAGAAGGAACACCAUCCCGCCGUGGUCGGCCAGCUCCUCCCUCACGGGCUCCACCAGCUCCUCCACCUCGGAUCAUUGGCUGGUCCGGCUCACUGGGGGAAGUGGGAGGGGCAGCGUGGUGUCGGGAGGACCCCUCCCUGUGGCGGCGGGACCCCUACAGGCUCCAGAUUCUCCUGAGCUGCCAGUGUUUGUAGAUGAACCAUCAAAGUCAAACGGGUUCGAAGCCAAGCCGUUUGUCCGUGGGACCCAAGGCAGGAGUGUCAGCAUGAGAUCUCCAACCAAGUCCAAGGAGACUCUGAGCAAAGUUCUGCCGCUGCGCUGGUCCUUCGGCCCCAAGGAUCGAGUUAAACCCCCAGCGCAGCCCCGGCCUGGCGAGCUGGUGGAGUACCUGGAGUCUGGGCGCCGGCCUCGGUGUACCAAAGACCCCAUCGUCCAACUGGUGGCCACCCCCCCACAACAGACAAGAGCCUUCAAAGUGGGACAGGGCUCGCCCAGUGGCAGCAGCCUCAGCUGUUCAGACAGACCCUGCUCGGACACAUGUUACUCACCCAAGCUGCCGGAGGGACAGAGCCGAGCCUGUGUGGAGAGAAGCCUCGGCCAGGGAGUCGGUGACAGCAGCAAAGCCAGAGACGAGGUUUCUCUCAGGCAGAGGUUGUCUAAGCGAGCGAGGCCGGACCCGGGCAGGACCCUGGACCUCCAGCUGCACAGAGGACUUAUCCUAGAGGGUCAGAUCAGCCACAGUGCCCCCCCGAGCAGAGACUCCACCCUGAAGAGAACCAAGGUCCAGGCGGGGGUGACAUUCAGGCCUCAGAAGGACUUGGUGCAUAUGAUCCUCCAAUCUGAGGGCCGGGGGGGGCAGGAGGGUCGCAGCCACGACAGCCUCUUGUCUUUCUUCAAACCCGGUUUCAUGAAGAAAGGCAUUCUGAGGUCACCGACCAAGGGCAUCGACCGGCGUGUGAACGGCCACGGACACCUGGAGAAGCUGGCAGGAAGUCCUCUAGCCAAACUGUCCCUCUCUAACGGGACGCUGACCACGGUGGCCCACGAGGACAGGAGAACCGGCGGCGCCCCCUGCUGUGACGCACACAACCGCAAAGUGCCGCUGCCGAACGGGAAGGCCGGACAUCCCGAGGCCGCGGACAUCCAGCGCGCUCACAGCUCCACAAACAUCCAGACCAAGCUGGAUCUGACUUUCCGCCGGUGCGCCUCCCUGCAGAGGAACGGCGAAGUGGCGGCGCAUCCAGAGCCCCGCCUCCUGCUGCAGGACAAGCCCGGCUACGGCCCCCUGCAGAGGACACGCUACAGCACCACCUCCCUGGGUCGGCACCGGCCCGUCCCCGAGCACUGAACCCUGCACUGCACGCUGAGCUAGAGUAGGACACUCCACACAGAGCUGUGGGAACUGUUUGUGUCAAACCAGCACAAAUAUCACUGUAAACAGAGAAGUGACGACAACACGUACAGGAAGUGGGAAGCUUCCUCGCUGCUGGGAAAGAAAAAUACAGGAAAUUAGAUAUGACAUGUGGUAUCGAUACAAAACAAGUGGAAGAGCCUCAGUUUUCAACGAUCAAAAGUACAGAUCCAAGGUCUGUUUUCUUAUGAUCGUGAAUAUCAAUCUGAAGCUGUGUCUCAAUUCAGACGCCUCUGUCUCCUGAGGACCACAAGCUCCGCCUCCUCCUCCAUGGGCCGCGUGCACCGUGGGAACCGAACCGAGACGUUCCGGUUCACAGAGGCUUUCUGGGAUCGAGGGUCACCAGCUCGCCCCUCCCCUCACUGCUGUUUCCGAGCAACCGAGUGUGACGCACUUCCUGAGUUGAGACACAUUGUGACUGAUUGUUCUGUCCUGUGUUUUUUUAAAAGUGCCUCUGUGACAGCCCAGAAUGACUUUUGAACACUUGGACCUCUCGACGCACGGAGAAGACCCCCGGCUCGACACAGCGCUGGAGACAAAGCAGAUCCUCUCUCUUCCCCCCCCCUUCAUAGUACUGUUAUCACCUACCUGUGUGUGUCUUAAACUCAAUCUAUGCAGUUCGUUUACUGAGGAGAGAAACUGCUGUAGUGUGAUGGGGAUUCGUUCAAACCAAGCAAGAUGUGGUUUUAUUCUGAAAAGCAGAGAGUGAUUUGUCCAUUGUGGAGUAAAAACACUGGAGUCUUUGGAGUAUUCACAGUUCAAUGGGAUCAAACAUGUCAGAUUUUGCAUAAAAGUAUUAACACCUGUAAAUCAGCUGCUGAAACAACACGCUCCACGGCUUCGUCAUGUAUGAUCAUCCUCUUGUUUUAUUACCAAUGCACUUUCUUUCUUUUUAAAAUUCCAUAUGUCGCUACAUCACCUGAGCUUCUAUGCUGACGUGUCUAAUUUCUAAUUUAGAGGCAAUUAGCCCAAAAGUAGCAAAAGAAAACUGUUUUAUACGGAGAGAAAUUCGUAUCAUUGUUUGAUGCACGAAUAAAAACCGAGAUUUGACGGAUGUGUCACAUUCCCACUCACUGUGUUUGAGGAACCACCACAGACAACAUGUAUAUUUAAUCACAUUGUUUCUGUAUCUGCACAACUUUCCGUUUGUUUGCUGCAGGAGGACGACAACGAAAAGUUCACAACAAAUUAACUUCAUAACUUUUUCCUCUCAUUCUUUUCAAUUUACAUUUUUUUUAGUUAACGUGUGUCACUGGGGAUUAUUAUGGGAUAGAAACGAGUGCCGAUUGUUUGCCUCCACUGUUACUGUUGUGUUCACGCUGUGUGAUUUAACUUUACUGUUUUAACUACCGCUACCAAAACGACAUGUUCGCGAGUGAAGGACGUUUCUGAGACGUAUGGCUAGAUUAUAUUUUAUUAACUUUUUUAAAAUUCUACAAUUUUUACCUGAUGUGUAAUAUUGUAAUUUAAGAUCAGAGGUGUGUGUUUCCGGAUUCUGUGUAAGGUCGGAUUCAAACAUACAGUAAGGGGGGGGGGGGGGUCAUUCGGACACAACACACUCAAGUCCCUGUACUGGACUGUCUACAGUAAAAUGUCUGCUUCAUGUACUGCAAUUAAACACAGAAUUUCUCACAGAUAAA